UCUUUUCGGCUUUCUCUCUUUUCUCCUCAGUGAUUAUGGCUGCACUCAAACAUUACCAGCCAUGUUUGCAAAUUUGAAACCCAAAGGUUAACGAUUUAUCCGUUUAUUAUUUACAUCGCAUUCACCCUCUUCAUCCAUAGUGGUCUUCUGCCGGGGGACCAGAGGCGCUGUCUCUUGUACGAUCGGCAGAUAUCAAGAUGGAUACAAAUAACAAUUUUAACUACAGGCCUCACUCUUCUGUAUCCGCUAACUCAGGGCUGAAGCAUUCCUCAGGAGAUUCUCUCUAUACUAACGGGUCCUCAAUGAGCUUCCCCCAGCAAGGGAAAAACCUGAAUGGCGAUAUGAAUGUGAAUGGCGUCACUACUGCAGGUGGGACCGGCCAAUCUGGCGCCCACCCUCCCUCUUCCUCGUACCCUCAUAUGAGCAACCAUCACCACCCUGGCAGCAUGGGAUAUGAUUAUCUGUGGGGCCAAUCGCAGUAUAACCCAGCCAUGGGCCCUACUCCUUCCCACGGCAUGCACCAGAAACCAGGCGCACAGGGUGCGAUACAACCACAGCAGCCUCAACACCACUUCCAGGGCCACGGACCGUACCAAGCCAACGGCAGCGUCGGACCUUCCCGGCAGCCUUCCGGGUCACAGUACUGGGCAAGGGGUAAUUCCCGGGAGCAGCAGGGGGGAUCUUCAAUGCCCAUGGGAUAUAACUCUCACACCAUGUAUGGAGCAUAUCCAAACCAGGGUCAUCCUGACAUUUCAUCUUCCCAACUUCACCAGCAGCCUGCAGGAGCACAUCAUCUCCAACACCAUUCACUUCACCACCUGCAACACCAGCAGUCGCCGCCACAGCAGCAACAUUUUGGUUUAAUGCCUAAUGGAAUGCCCUUUUACCAGAAUCCGUCACAAUCGCAGACAACGACUCAGAUGGUACCACCCACCUCGCAGAGUUUUACACCUCCACGAGGAAGCCCGCAGCACCAUCAUGUGGGCAGUGGAGGCAGCAGUAGUCCCCUCCGAACGCAGGUCUCAAUGAGGUCUCCUUCUGCGAUGUCUGAGAGCAGCUCGCCUAAGAGCAGAGAGAUGCAAGCGCAUAUAAAUGAGAUGGAUAAAGGCUACAAUGGUGUUGAGAGAACUUCUGCAUCUCAACGGUUACUCAAAAGCGAGAGUUUGCCUGUUAAGCCCCCUUCUUCUGCCGACUACAGUCAGAGUGUACAGCAGUCAGCCUUGGACAUGGAACAACCUACAAAACAACAUCAUGAAAAGUCAGCCGCCCUGCAGGAUCUCAGUCCUUCCCGUGCGUCUGGACAACAUCUGGCACUUGCUAGUCCACCUCGGAAAACAUCAACCCUGCCCCAUCAAACAGUCCCUGGCCAGCAUCCACUUUCUCCUUUAAAUUCUGAUGUUACCGAAAUUUGUGCUUCAUCCACACCUAAGAUGGGUAUCGGAGCAAACGUGUUGCCGUCUCCACCCUCUCCCCUCUCAUCACACUUUCAGAUAGUCCAAGGCGAAAGACCUGCACCAUCAUCAGUUGGUUCCUCUCCUGCAGGACUUGGUUCGUCUUCAAUGUCUUCUAAGACCUCAAAAGCUACACCUGCUGUUUAUGACAGCCAUUCUGGGAUGUUUUCCUCUAAGACUGUGCCUCUUCAAACCGUUCCUUUACCCCUUGAAGAGGCCCAAAGGUCAAAAAGUCCCAUCUCUCCAACACCUCUAUCUUUAACUGCAUCUGUUAUCACCACUCCUUCUGCACUGGCAACUCUAAAAGGACCCCAAGAGGCAUCACCUCUAACAGGCCAGAGUCCUAGACAUCCUGCUGCUUCCUCGACUCCAACAUCUGUUGCCAAAAACACCCCUCUCCCUAAACACUCUACUUCGGUUGUUGAUAGACCUCCUCCCGCUCUUAGCUCCUUUCCUCAGGCAUCUUCAUCACCUCCCAGUGUUUCUUCUGCUGCAAAGGUGCCCGUUUCCCUCACCGGCUCUACAGCUCAACACUCGGACACCACAGCAAAUGCAGAUGUUUCUUACGGUCAAGGAAGGGCUGGCUCUCGUGAGGACCACCAGAACUUUGGAGAAUCACAAUCUUGUGGUUCCCAGAGCAAAACUGGAGUAAUAAGUUUCAAGUUCAAACAGGAUCCAAACAACAAGGCCCUAUUUGAAAUGCAAAGUCAUGGUACAAACCUUGAACCAGCUUUCAUUGUUCCAAAGGACCCUUCAAGAGACACUAAACGAGCUGUCAAAAGGGACUCAAUGAACAUCAGAGAUCAGGCCACACCAAGGAAAGGAGAAUACGAUUCUUUUGGCACUGACACAUCAACGGAUUUCCCAUCAAGCUACCUGGAAAGCUCAAGAGCUGAAGAUGAGAGUUCAAUGAUGGACACUUUUGAUGAUUCUUAUAGCCUUUCCCAGACUGAAGAAGACCAAUCGAAGUUUGAAGAAGGAUCCAUGACUGAUGACUCCAGGGACAAGCGGGAUGAGGAUUCUUCUUGCAUGGACGAAAACUUGAACAACUCCGUUACCAGUUCCAGUGGCGAGAGUUCCCUCAGAAAUACCAUGUCAGAAACCAUGGAUGACUUCUUCAACGAAACCUCACAAAAUAACUCUUCGCUGCUCUCUGCAUCUGUAAAUACUACUACCCAGAGUAUCAAAGGUAAUGAGAUUCUUGGGAAACAGAAUGGAUCUGAUGCUCCAGACAUAUCUGGAGGUGAGAAAAGAUCAGUGCUUUCUGCCAUGACGGUGAAGGAGCUUCAAGCUGUUGUCAGCGGUUCUGUUGAAGGGACGACCACACAUAUUCCACCCUCUCAAAUCUUAGUGACUUUGCCAACAAAAAAGCCACGAAAACCUAGAACACCGAAGACUUCUGCAACUGCUGACGGUUCCCUUGAUUCCACGUCCAACAAGUUGACACCCGAUGGUCCAAAAGAGAAAAAAGUUAGGAGAAGAAAGAAAAAUGAGGAGAAGCAACCGACUGAAACAAAAAGGAGAAAGCUUUCCAAAGAGCAUAAGGAACUGGAAAGUGGCCCUAUUGAUAUUUCGACUACUUUAAAUGCUCCACCUCAUCUUCUUAAUGGUCCAGUGAACUUUGUCCAUGCUCUCAGCAUGCCCAAUAUGGAGAUUCCCCUUGUUAAACCCAAGAAGAUCAGGAAGCGCAAACCAAAAGAUGGACAGACAGAGGCGAAACCUUCCAAACCACCCAAAAAUGAAGUUGCAGAAGCCAAAACCGAAGAAGAUGAUGAUGUUGAUGAUGAUGAAAAUGGCUCCACAGCAGGUGAUAUCCGUAGGCGAAGGGUUGCAACUGAGGAGCAGGUCCAAUUUCCUCUACAGUUUGGCUGGCGGCGAGAGAUUCGAGUCCGGAGGCUUGAGGACCGCCUCAAAGGAGAGACGUGGUAUUACGGCCCCUGUGGUCGGAGGAUGAAACAGUUCCCUGAGGUCAUCAAGUAUCUGAAAAAACAUCAGGACAGUCUCCAGGGCGUUUCGAGAGAGCACUUCAGCUUCAGUCCACGCAUGCCAGUCGGGGAGUUUUAUGAGGAGCGGGAAACACCUGAGGGUAAGAAAUGGUUCGUCCUUGCCGACGAGGAAGUGCCCUCCAUGAUCAUGGCAAUAACGGGCAGACGCGGUCGUCCUCCAAACCCAGACAAAGAGCCUCGUGCCCGCGCUCGCAAAGCCAGAGGAGGUCAAGGAAGGCGGCCAGGUAGACCUCCUAAGCUUAAGAUGGAGGACCUGCUCAGCAAAGUGGACGCCCGACUGCUGAAUAGGCUACAGGCAAAGGAGGAUCUCACAGAGGAAGAGAAAGUGAAACUGGUUAAGAUCAAGAAGAAGAUGAAGAGAAAGGCGAGACUGAAAAGAAAGGAGGAUGCAAAGAACAAGAAGAUCAGACAGGAGAAGAGAAAAGCCAAACUGGAUAAAGCCAGUGAACAGACUGAUGAAGGGCAAACUCUGAGCCAGUCAUCAGAUAAAGAGAGCUCUCAAGUGCCCCCCAAGAAGCCUGGACGCAGGAGGAAGGUCGUAGUACCGGCGGCAGACACGUUUGACCCGGAGACCGCCAGUCCCAUAAAGACCGUAGCGAGGGCCCGCAGCAAAGCCAAAGCUCUUGCCAAAGCCCAGGCGCAGGCGGAGGCCGAAGCACAGGCCGCGCUCACAGCUAAGAGACAGGCAGAGAGAAGGGCACAAGCUCAGAGACGCAUGGAGGAGAGGAAGAGACAACAGUUAAUCAUAGAGGAGAUGAAGAAACCUGCAGAAGACAUGUGUCUGCCUGAUCACACUCCUCUUCCAACAUUGUCACGGAUACCAGGACUGGUGCUUUCUGGUUUGGCCUUCACCAACUGUUUGAGGGUAGUAGAGUUCCUGCACGGUUACGGAAAGUUCCUGGGAUUUCAGGUGCCUAAGGAUAUUCCCAGUCUGAGCACCCUGCAAGAGGGUCUCCUCGGCCAGGAGAAAAGCCAGGGCAUUCUUCUGGAUCUGCUUAUUAAACUGAUGGAGGCAGCACUGCAUGAUCCAGGACUGCCUUCCUAUUACCAGUCUGUAAAGAUCCUCGGAGAGAAACUGGUGGAUUUGGAGUUAAGUCACAACACCGUGUCCGAGGUUCUGAGGAUCUUUCUUGAGGCCCACGGCUUUGAGUUGGAGGUGUGUAACAGUCUGCGGACAAAGAGCUUCCAGACCCUCAAAGCUGAUGUUAAAGCAUCUAUACUGGUCUUCCUGGUGGAGGAACUCAAUGCCAGCGACGGCAUCACCAGGGAAAUUGACAACACUUUGGAGAAUAUGGCAACCUACAGGAAAAACAAGUGGAUUAUCGAAGGCAAACUACGCAAACUGAAAGCAGCGCUUGUACGCAAAACGGGCCGUGCAGAGGAGGAGCUUUGUUUCGAAGAGCGCCGACGCAGCGCCCGUGUGGGCAUGGCCGAGGAGGAGAGCAUCGAAGAGAACUGUGUGUUGGAGAGAGGCAGACGACGCAAACCCAAGGAGGAACCCAAAAACACUGAGAUUGAGAGCCCAAAUAAUUGCAGCGUUGCAGAACUUGAGCGUCAAAUUGAUAAACUGACCAAGCGGCAAGUGUUUUUUCGGAAGAAGCUUCUGCAGUCGUCGCAUACCAUGCGGGCGGUUGCUCUCGGGCAGGAUCGGUACCGUCGCAGGUAUUUGCUGCUGCCAUAUAUGGGAUGCGUUGUCGUGGAAGGAGCCGAGGAUAUCUUGGCAUCAGGUGACGUUCUGGUCAGCGAUGAACCCGUCAGUCCGGUGAAGAAAGAAAGUCCAGUGAAAUCUGAGGUUAAGGUUGAGCCUCCUCUCUCUCCAGUUCUCAGCACACCUCACACGUCACUUCCCUGUUCUCCUCCAUCAUCCCAGUUUUCCCCAUCAGAGGUGGAUCUUCUUCCGGGUGAAGCCUCCUUGAUGAGCAGCCCACGAGCACGGGGGCGCCCGCGUAAGAUCAAACCGGAAGUGGAGCUCCACCUCCGAGAGGCCAAGAACCGCCGGCGUCGCCGUAGCAGCAGAUCGGGAGGUGAAGAUUCUGGGCUCAACUCCCCCGUUCAGGAUCCUACACAACCCACCUUCCAGGGGGCAACGGGUGAUGGUGCACCAGUUGUUGCUUCUGGAGCUGGCGAGGGUGAGGACAACAGCCAACCAGAGGACAGUAUGAGAGAGCAGGCAGAGAAAAAAGGCCAGUGGUUCAAUCUGUUGCCUAAAGAGCCGUGUGAUGAGACUUCUCUCUCCCAGUCAUGUGUGAACACCACGACGACUCCAUCAUCCCCCACUAAAGACACUUUAGCCCCCCUCGAUUGUGAUCCUUCUGCUGAACUUCCACCGCAACUUCUGUCAACACAGCUGCAGACAGCAAUUCCACCUCCUCAGGUGAGCUCAACUCCCGCUCCCAGGGCCGGCAGGAGGCGCAGACGGGGUAGCGGGCCAUCCCGGCUGCACUCUCGAUCCAGCGUCGCAAAGAGACGGGGCAGGCCACCGUCCAAUCCCUUUCAAGAUAUGGAGAAGAAAUACUUUACUCAGCUGGUGGCAAAACCAAUUCCUUUAGAGAUGGUGAAAGGCUGGUGGUGGAUCAGAGAACCAGAGGAGCUGACGGCCAUCCUAAGCGCCCUCCAUCCACGAGGCGUCCGUGAGAAGGUUCUUCACAAACACCUCACCAAGCACAUGGAGUAUCUGGCUGAGGUCUGCACGCGGCCCGUGACCGAUCCCAUUUUCCAGAUGACAGUGGAGGAGGGUGAUGCUCUGUUGGAGGCAUCUAAACAGGCAUGGAUUGAACAGGAUAGAGCCCUACAGAUAGACAUGAGUGCUCUGCGAUGGGUGGAAGAUUUGGAGCAGAGGGUUGUAGGUGCGGACCUUCAGCUCAAGCAGUGCGGUGUGUUGGAUUUUGUUGUGCACAAGGAGCACAAGUCUUACAAUCAAAUGGCCAUUCCCAACAUGGAGAGUGAAAAAGAGGCUGCACAGGGAUCCUCAAGCCCUCAAUUUCAGAUCUACACCCCUCCCGAAGCGGACUCCACUCGGGAGGACCUGCAGUAUUACGAGCAUGAGGUGGACCCCAGGGACGACUGGAUGGUCAGGACUAAAAAGGAAUGGUCCGAUCUCCUGCGACUUCCCAACAACCCCCUGGACCUGGCUGUUCUCCGACUGACUAACCUGGAGCGAAACAUCGAACGGCGUUAUUUAAAGGAGCCUCUGUGGAAUCUGUCAGAGGUGGUCCGCCUGGCCCCCCUGACCCCUCCACCUGGUGGAGAGGAAAUCCCUUUAGAUGCUGUUAGUAUGGAGAGUGAGAUCACACCAAGGUUGAGGACGUGGCGACAGGCCCUGGAUCGCUGCCGAAGUGGGUCUCAGCUCUCUCUAUGUCUGCUACAGCUAGAGAAAGCCAUAGCCUGGGAGAGAUCCAUCAUCAAAGUGACAUGUCAAGUGUGUCGUAAGGGUGAUGACGAUGAGUAUCUGCUCUUGUGUGAUGGCUGUGAUCGUGGGUGUCACAUGUUCUGCCUGAGGCCAAAGGUCAUGCAGGUUCCAGAAGGUGAUUGGUUCUGUCCCACCUGCGUUGCCAAGGAAACCGGUGAGGAAUUGCGAUCACGUUCAGGGCGUCAGAGGUCAAAGCUGCGGAAACGGCGUCUUGCGGAGGACAGUUCGGACGAGGAUGACCGGUACAAACGGGGCAUGACCACCCGACAAAAGGAUAGCCCUGCUCCAUCAAGCAGUACGACCAUCUCCCCUUCCAAACGCAGACGGAUGACCACAAGAAACCAGCCUGACCUCACUUACUGCGAGAUCAUUCUGAUGGAAAUGGAAGCUCAUACAGAUGCCUGGCCUUUUCUGGAACCGGUCAACCCCCGUCUGGUGCCUGGCUACCGUCGCAUCAUCAAAAACCCCAUGGACUUCCUCACCAUGAGGGAAAGACUUCUGCAGGGAGGGUAUUGCAGCUGUGAGGAGUUUGCUGCUGACGCUCAGCUAGUAUUCAACAACUGCGAGCUUUUUAACGAGGAUACGUCAGAUGUCGGCAAGGCCGGGCACUCCAUGCGACGCUUUUUUGAGAGCCGCUGGGCAGAGUUUUAUGAAAACAAGGACAACUAAAAAUUCUGACAUCUGCUGCAUGGGAGGAAGCAUUCUAAUGCCACGCCCCUUUGAUGCUCAUUACUACUAACUAUUUCUGGAAAGAUCUCCGGUCCUCUGUAUGCAUACAUGUGUAGAUAUAUGUAUAGAGUUGUUUUGUUUGUUUUACAAGUAUUUGUCGUUGUCCUUCCCCACCACCCUGACCUUAUUAUGGUGAAACAAUUUCAAGUACAAAAUUCUUUAUCAAAAAAAUUCAUCAGUCACUCCUAGAAGUGUGUAUUGAGAACAAAGUUCACACUUGAUGUCACGUCCAAUCACAAUGAUUGGCACACCUAUCAGGAUGUUUCUCAACCACAGUUUUCACCAUUUUUUUUCUUUACUCAAAGCCGUUCUACUCCAUGUUGUAUAGAUCGUGGACCACGUGCGUCCCCUUGAUGGAAAACGUAAUGUAUCGUGCUUUUAAGACUAGAAGCAAUUUCCUCAGUAUAUUUUUAUUAUAUGCUAUAUAUACACACUUAAAGACAGAAAAAAUAGUUGGGAUUAUUUAAUAGCAAUAGCCUGUAGUGAAUCUGUACAGACCACAUCGUAGAAAGAUGUAUAGGUGACUCAUGACAUGGCCAGUAAAACAUACUAUAUCAUGUGUAACUCCAUCACUUUUUUGCUUGAAUAUUGGUCUUAUCAACUGGAUGGUUGCCAUCAUUUACUAGAUUAUUUUGAGCUUUUUGUCCUGUCAUGCCUUCCACACCCAAAACUAAAUCAGUGUUUCGUCACAAUGACUCUGAUUUAAUGGCAACAGCAGAAUCUUUUAAUCGCUAUACAAGACAACUGUCGGCCUCCAGUUUUUAACCUCUUUGUUUUUAAGCUCCACUAGCUGGAAAUCAUUUUUAUUGUGUUUGACUAUUGUCUGUGAGGGAAAAGCGAUCUAGUGAAAUCCAGAUUGUAUUGAUAUUGGUUUAUAUGAGAAGAAUUUGUAUGAAUGUUUGGCAGUGUAGAUGUUAAGCUAAACUUCAGUAUGACUGGAUAUGAUUUGCUCUUUGCGCUUUCACAACAAUGAAGAUUCUUAGACGUGGCUUGCCGAAACCAUUUAUUGUUUUCUGUUUAGACUGUCUUAUGUGUUGGUAAUGGCGUGUGUUCUGUGUGAUAUCUUUAAAACCUGGACCAACUCUUUUAAAAAGGACAUUCAUUUUUGUCUUGGGAUAUUAACUGUUAUAUUAAAAAAGCCUGUUGUUGUUGUUACUUUGAAUCGGAGUUUGCCAAUAAGAGCGUUUUAAAAAAAAUGAAACCAAACAUGAUUAUAAGAGAAAUGCUUAAGGAAUAAGAAAGAUUUGUGUUUUAGCUGUAGCAGCUUUAAACAUAUUUAUUUUCCCCGUACAACUUCAUGGACACCUUAAAUAUUAGUCUUCAAUGGCAGGUUACUAUAGCACUGACUGUAUACAGAUAUAGAUAUGAGAGGAUCACAGUAGAACAGAUUAUUCAGGUUUAUUCAACAUGUUUUCAUACACUGAAUUCAACAUGAUUCAUUUUGUGUUCCUCAGGGGACACAAGGGACAAACUUUAUUUUUUGUUUCAAAGAUGACAAACCUGAAAGCAGUUCUAGAUAACUUCAACCAAAUGUGGUGUUUAGUGAAUUUUUAAUAAUGUACAGUUUUUGUGACUUUAAAUUUGUUUCUUUCUAUAUUUUUAGGACCAAUAUAUCGUUUUUAAGAGGCGGCAUUAAAUGACCAUGUUGUUUCAAAGUAAUGUAACACACGUGCAUCUGUUAGAAUGUACUGUAAGCGGAAAUAAAACCACAUCUAGUAGAUUA